UCUUGACAAAAAUUGGAAGCAAUGAAAUUUUGAAAAUUUAUUUUGACUGGGAUUUCAAAAUGUUUUUAUGGCUACUUGGGCCUGUUCUAGUCCUUAUAGCAGUGAUAUUUGGUAUUCACAGAAGUCUUAGUAGUACACUCGAUACAAGAAAUCCGUUUUCAACAGCACCAAAAACUAUCUUGGUUAUCACAGCGCAUCCAGAUGAUGAAUGCAUGUUUUUUGGACCAACAAUUCAAUAUUUGACAAGGAUUGGUCAUGAAGUCUCCUUGCUUUGCUUAUCUGUUGGAAACUAUUACGGCAAAGGAAAGGAACGUAUCAAAGAAUUUUAUCUGAGUGCUAACAUUCUUGGAGUCCCACAUGACAAAUGUGCAAUAAUCGAUGACAUAUCUCUACAGGAUGGCCCAGGUGAUUGGGAUCUCACAGCUGCUUCAAACAUCAUAGAAAAACACCUUCAUAAGUUAGGAGCCAAUUCAAUUAUCACAUUUGAUGAGCACGGAGUGAGUGGUCAUCCAAACCAUAAGGCCAUCUAUUGGGCAGUAAGGAACAUUCACACAAAAGACAGCUAUAAGGGGAUACCUGUGUAUACACUCAAGACUACAAACACACUCAGGAAAUACAUCUCAAUUUUUGACAUUCCAUAUAGUUUUUUGACAUCUAAAAUUCUCUUCCUAUCAACCUGGACAGAGUUUUUAAAAUCACAAAAGGCAAUGUUAUCUCAUUGGAGUCAAUUAGUGUGGUUUAGAUGGCUGUAUAUAGCAACUUCUCGAUAUAUGUUGAUGAAUACUUUAAAUGAGUUGGAAAUAACAUGACGUAAAAUUUUGGAUUAGCCGAGAAUGCCUUGAAUGGAUAUAGGUGGAAUAGGAGGGUCAACAAGAUUCUGUCAGCCAUUGU